AUGUCAGAGAUUACAUUAGGAAGAUAUAUUUUCGAAAGAUUACACCAGUUGAAAAUCGACACGAUUUUCGGUUUACCCGGUGACUUUAACUUAUCCUUGCUAGACAAGAUUUACGAAAUCGAAGGCAUGAGAUGGGCAGGUAACGCCAACGAGUUGAAUGCCGGCUAUGCGGCCGACGGAUACGCUCGAGUCAAGGGCAUAUCAGCCGUGGUUUCAACUUUUGGAGUUGGCGAAUUAUCAUUGACCAAUGCCAUUGCUGGUUCAUUUGCCGAACACUGUGCCGUCUUGAAUAUUGUUGGAUUACCAUCGGUCAAUGCUCAAGCCAAACAAUUGUUGUUGCACCAUACCUUGGGUAACGGUGACUUCACUGUUUUCCACAGAAUGUUCAAGAACAUUAGUCAAACCAGUGCCUUCAUUGCCGAUAUCAAUACAGCACCACAGGAAAUUGACAGAUGCAUUAGAGACGCGUACAUUUAUCAACGUCCCGUUUACGUGGGCUUACCUUCAAACUUGGUCGACUUGUUGGUGCCAAGUUCCCUCUUGGAAACCCCCAUUGAACUAAGUCUUAAGCCAAAUGACCCAGAGGCCCAAGAAGAAGUUAUUGAAACGGUUGAGAAACUCAUCAAAGAAGCGCAUAACCCAAUCAUCCUCGUUGAUGCGUGCGCCUCGAGGCACAACUGUAAGCGUGAAGUUGCCAAAUUGGUUGACAUUACCCAGUUCCCAGUGUUCACCACCCCCAUGGGCAAAUCAGGAAUCAACGAGUCGCAUCCAAGAUUCGGUGGUGUUUACGUGGGCUCAUUAUCACGACCCGACGUUAAAGCCUUUGUUGAAAAUGCAGAUUUGGUCUUGUCCAUCGGGGCGUUAUUAUCCGACUUUAACACUGGCUCGUUUUCGUAUGGCUACAAGACCAAAAACGUGGUUGAAUUCCAUUCGGACUAUACCAAAAUUAGACAAGCUACAUUCCCAGGAGUGCAAAUGAAAGAGGCCCUCAAUAAGCUCCUUGAAACCGUGGAAAAUGCCGUUGGUCCAAACUAUAUCCCAGCGCCAGUGCCACAACAAAAACUCAUCAAUUCUCCUGCGGCACCAGAUGCGCUACUUACUCAAGAGUACCUUUGGACCAAAGUCAGCUCCUGGUUCAAAGAAGGCGACAUUAUAAUCACCGAAACAGGAACAUCGGCAUUUGGAAUUGUGCAAUCUCGUUUCCCCAACAACACCAUUGGAAUAUCGCAAGUCCUUUGGGGCUCAAUCGGUUACACGGUAGGGGCUACAUGCGGUGCUGCGAUGGCAGCUCAAGAAAUAGACCCAAGCAAGCGUGUUGUCUUGUUUGUGGGUGAUGGUUCGUUGCAACUUACCGUUCAAGAGAUUUCGACCUUGUGCAAAUGGGAAUGCAACAAUACAUACUUGUACGUGCUUAAUAACGACGGGUACACGAUCGAAAGAUUGAUCCACGGGCAAAACGCAGGGUAUAACGAUAUACAACCUUGGAAUAAUUUGCAGCUCUUGCCCUUGUUCAAUGCAAAGGACUACGAGUGUAUCAGAGUGGCCACAGUGGGUGAGUUGAAUGAAUUGUUUGCCAAUCCAGCUUUUGCUGUACCAGACAAGAUUAGAAUGAUAGAAGUCAUGUUGGCUAGAAUGGAUGCUCCUGCUAAUUUGGUUGCUCAAGCCAAACUAUCGGAAAGAACCAACGCUCAAAUGUAG